UAUUAUUGAGCCCGAAAACAAAAAAGUCUGCGGUAUAUGUUGGUAUAUUUCCAUUUGCACGUUUUUUGUAGUUACAAAUAACUAAAUUUUUAAACAAUGUACAUAUACUAAAAGAUCGGUUUUAAUAAAUGACUAGUCUUAUAGUUGCUGGCCUGAGCAUUGCAGGUGUUGCAUAUGCUGGCAGAUUAGCAAUCAAUCUUAGUAAAAAAAUUAAUUGGAACCAAGUGCAAAAAGCUAUGCCAUCCAUUGCAGAUAUAUCUAUUAAUGCAUAUUAUAAAGGAGGAUUUGAACAAAAAAUGUCUAAACGAGAAGCAUCCUUAAUUUUAGGAGUAAGUCCAAGUGCAAAUCUUCAGCGAAUUCGUGAUUCUCACAGACGAAUUAUGAUUGUAAACCAUCCAGAUAAAGGAGGUUCUCCUUAUUUAGCUUCAAAGAUCAAUGAAGCCAAAGAUAUUUUGGAAGGAAAAACAAAAUCCCAUUAGUUAAUGUGAAAAAAAUUUAUAAACUACGUAUUAAAAUAAACGAAGUUCUUCAAAAUCGUGGAAAUAUGUCGAAUUAUAUUUGUAUCAUACUAACUCAGUUUUUUA